AUGAUACAGACGAACCUUUUAGCUCAUGGCCACUCGGACCUUGUCACGCACGUCGUGUAUGAUUUCUACGGCGAGAGACUAGCGACAUGCUCGGCAGACCAGCGGAUAAAGCUGUUCCGCCGGUCCAACGAGGGUUCGUGGGACCUCGAGACUGAGUGGAAGGCACAUGACGCGCCGAUCCUCCACCUCUCUUUCGCCCACCCACUACACGGCUACCUCCUCGCCUCGUGCUCGCAUGACCGUACCGUCCGGAUAUGGGAGGAGCCCUCUUCCUCUUCCUCUUCCUCCGCCUCCCCGUCCGCCGCACUGCAGUCGGCUACGGCGUCAGCAUCAGCGCUCGCUAACAAGGAGGGGAGAUGGAUGGAGAAGGGAGUCUUGAGCGGGAUGAAGGGGAGUGUGAGGGAUGUGGAGUUUGGGCCGGCUGAUCCAGGAUUGGGGUUGCGGGUGGCGUCUAUAUCCACCGACUCUCAUUUACGGAUCCAUCUCUCACUCGACCCAUCUUUGACAGACUGGUCAUUGGCCCAUGACGUCCACGUUCCCUCACUACCUGUCCCAGGCGCAAACGAGGAUGGCUCGAAUGACGAUAAUGCAGGCGGUACCACCACUGCCGAGCUGGCGACGGGCGGAUGGGGUUUGAGUUGGUGCAAAGAGAAAUGGUGGGGAAGCGUAUUGGCUUGUUUCGCAGGAACCGCUCCUGGCGUCAAGAUAAUAUCUCUCGAUCCCACACCUACCACCCUCUUACACCUCCUGCCGCCAUCAUCCUCUUCUUCGACGGCAUCCCCCCUCACCACUCUAUCCUGGGCGCCCAACUGCGGGAGAUCAUAUCAUCACUUGGCGACUGGCGCGCGGGACGGUUCCGUCAGGAUAUGGAAGGUGACCCCGCCUAAUCCGGAUGACGAGGUUGGAGGGGGAGGGAGGGGCUCGAGCUGGAAAGGAGAGGUGGUGGCUGAGUUCGCAAGGGGUGCGAGGAUUGGAAUGGUCGAUUGGAACGCUACGGGUACUGUAUUGACUACGAGCGAUGAUGAUGGGAUGAUCAGGAUAUACAAGCAAACGUAUGCGAAAGAGUGGAAAUUGAUGGGCAAGAUGACUGCCGAGGAGCAGAGCGAUGAGGUGAAUGGCCGUUAA